AUGGGCCCAGGGGCUGGCCGCCGGCCCGCCAUGCUGCUGGGCCCCUGGGUGGUGGCGGCAGCGGCGGUGGUGGCGGCGGCGGGCGCCGGGGCGGGCUGCCCGGUGCUGUGCACGUGUCGCGGGCAGGCGGUGGACUGCAGCGGGCAGCGGCUCUUCUCGGUGCCCGCCGAGCUGCCGCUGGACACCGGCAACCUCAGCCUGGCCCACAACCGCAUCGCCAGCAUCCCGCUGGGCUACCUGGCCUGCUACGCCCAGUUGCGCGUCCUCGACCUCCGCAACAACUCGCUGGAGACCCUGCCCACCAGGCUUUUCCUCGGGGCCCGGCGCCUGACCCACCUGGACCUGAGCUACAACAACUUCAGCCUGGUGACAGCCGACAUGUUCCUGGAGGCUAGCGAGCUGCUGCGCCUCGACCUCAGCCACAACCCCUGGCUGUGCAAGGUGCACCCCAAGGCGUUCCGGGGGCUGGCGCAGCUGCGGGAGCUGGACCUCAGCUACGGGGGGCUGUCGGCGCUCAGCCUUGAUGCCCUGGAGGGGCUGACGGGGCUGGUCACCCUGCGGAUCGGCGGCAACCCCUGGGUGUGUGGCUGUGCCAUGGAGCCCUUCCUCAAAUGGCUGAAGAGCCGCAUCCAGCUCUGCGCCUCAGAUUCACAGCUGGCCAAGUGCCAGGCCCCCCUCGAGGUGAAAGGGGUCCCCCUCUUCUCCCUGACGGAGGAGAGCUUCAAGGCCUGCCACCUCACCCUGACCCUGGACGACUAUCUCUUCAUCGCCUUUGUGGGCUUCGUGGUCUCCAUCGCCUCGGUGGCCACCAACUUCCUGCUGGGCAUCACGGCCAACUGUUGCCACCGCUGGAGCAAAGCCAGCGAGGACGAGGAGGUUUAG